GCUCGAGCUCAGCCAGGAGCGCACGGUGAGAGGAGGGGUGACGUCACUGCGCCGUUGUUGUGGUGGUGACGCGGCAGGCGGGCGGUGAGUCAGCGGCAGCACCUCCGGACGUGGAAGUAUUACUCUCACUGUGAAAAUAACUCUCAGUUACUGGUUUUACACAGUGCAAAGAAAGCGAAAAUGGCGGUUCCUGCAGCUCCCGACCUGCAGAUGAACGCAGAAACGCAAAACAGCCCGGCGAACAACCCGGAAAACAACAUCCACAUCGACGAGACGGAAUUGGAAAACAUCACGAACAACGACGAGGACGGCACAGCGCUCCCUCUGCAUUCUCCGUGGACUUUUUGGCUGGAUAAGUCAUUACCUGGAACAACGGCUGCCGAGUGUGAAUCCAACCUUAAAAAGAUCUACACGGUACAGACAGUGCAGAGCUUCUGGAGUGUCUACAAUAACAUCCCUCCAGUGACAAACCUGCCCCUGAGGUGUAGUUAUCACCUAAUGCGUGGGGAAAGACGACCUCUUUGGGAAGAAGAAAGUAAUGCCAAAGGUGGGGUUUGGAAGAUGAAAGUUCCCAAAGAAAGCACUGCUGCAGUCUGGAAAGAAUUGUUACUUGCCACCAUUGGGGAACAGUUUGCUGAUUACUGUGCAUCAGAAGAUGAAGUAGUUGGUGUCAGUGUUAGUGUUCGGGAGCGAGAAGACGUUGUUCAAGUAUGGAACGUGAAUGCUUCUUUUGCAAGUGAAGCUAAUAUUUUAGGGAAGAUCCAUGAGCUUCUCCCCCACAUAUCUUUUAAAGCUGUAUUUUAUAAACCUCAUGAGGAGCAUCACGCUUUUGAAGGAGGGCGAUCAAGACAUUAAUGUCCUGUACAAAUCUACAGUUUUUUGGAUACACUUCAAAAUACCGUGACAUUGAUUACAAUGUAUUAACACUGUAAUUACAGUACCCUGUAAUUUAUGUGGUAUUUACACUUUGAAAUACAUCUAUUUACAUAAUCAGAUGACCAAUAGUGUAACAGCAUUAUGUAAUUAUUAACAUAAACGAGUUGCAAAUAUAGAAUACCAUGCUAUAAGCUUACACUUACAGUGUGAUUUCUGGUUCAGUCAUAGGAUUAUUACGUGCAAUUACAUGUAUUAAAAAGUGUAACUACAGUGCAAUAUUGGUAAUGUUUAAAAAUGUAGAUACACAUUUAAACUUGAAGUAAUACACAUUGCUGAAGUAAAAUGUACGUAAUGCAUUUACAAUAUUGGUUAUACAAUUAUUUAUGUAAUUACAUGUUUUUCAGUGUAAAUAUCACAUGAUUACAAAGUAAUUACAGUAUUAUUUCACUACUGUCUCUCUAUUUUGACGUGUAUCUACUUUUUUGUUUGUGAGUUGAGCUUAGAAACCAGACUGGACUUCUUCAUAGCCUACACACUACGGUAGAAUUUUUUUCUUUACUUUGAAAUGAUUUGUGGUAAAAUAAGAAAAACAACCAUCUCUGCUGAUAAAGUGUAAGAUAGGUUCAAAAAUAUUUUAAAUAACUUCAUCCUGUAAUCCAAAUCCCAAAAGAAAGCAUGUUUCAUAUUUUCACUUGUUCAUUAACUGCAGUAACUUGAGAAAAUAGCAGUUGGAGAAAACUAAAGCUUUUAUUCAAUUUGGAUGCUUAAAGGUAGUGGAAUUUUAAGUGCUUUUGAUAUUAUUUCAUUUGGCAUUUUCUUCAUCUACAGUUUACUGAAAAGUUUUUACUGGUUUGCAAUGUAAGAUAUCCAAGGGGUGUUUUACAAUUAACACUUUAAACCAGAAGUGCACAUUACACAGAAUCUGCUUCUUUUAAUUGAUCUGUAAUCAUUUGCAUUUUUUGCUUUCAAUCAUAAAUAAUCUUAAUAAGCAUUCCUAGAGUGUUCAAUAAUGUGGAUAGUUCCUUGGUCCCAUGAAAACAGUUCACUUCACAGCUUCUUUUAAUUUCAAGAAAGACACUGCACUGGUUUUCAUUAUUUCAGUUGCACUGUAUGGGUUUUUCUUUUUGUCUACUGUGUUAACAGUAUGGUAUAUCGGUUUAUUCUAUGUGUGGUGCCAAUUGAUUGUACAUAUUUUUCAACAGUAUCUUCAAUAUACACUUAAUGAUUUUCUAGUUCAUGUCAAGUGUACUGCUAUGAUUUUCAGACCAGAAGUAAGUUCAUUGUUAAGCUGUGAUAUUGGGAAGUUUAAAAAGCUAUCUCAUAAUGCAACUGGAGGUUUUGACACCAGUAAGUACUCCUUAUGUAGUUAUUGUAAAUAGUCCAUUAGGUUUGUCCAUGUUUAGUUUUCACCUAAAUUAUUGUUUUUUAAUCCUGAGACUGCAUUACCUAAUUGUGGGAGCCAUGUAGCAUCUAAUGUUCAAUGCCUUAAAAACUGACACAAAGUUUGCUGAAACCUAACCCUUUUAUUAUGUAUAUAUUUGAAUUUGUGAAAUAUCCUUUAUUAACAAAAAAUGUAAAACUGCAGAUGUUUAAAGAUGAACAGAUAAUGACACUUGUGACAAUUUGUAGCGCAUAUAGAAUGAAUAUGAGGAUUUUCUAAUUUAAGGAAUAUUACAUAUUAUGUGUUUAUGGUUAUGAUCUAUACUGGAAAGUUCCUCUUAUUUUGUGUGCUGCACGUAGAAUAAAUAGGUUACCUUACUGGAAACUCCCCCAAGAUAACAUCUUCACCCAGAUCAUGUACUUCAUAAUGCAGGUCAUAUUCUUCUGCCAUUUCCUUCUGUUACAUUUUCUGCAACCGGAAGAACAUUUUUGUUGUCUGCUCUCUGCUGUAAUCUUUUUUUUUUUACUUGUUUGGUUUUCAAAUGUUUUUGGAGACACUUGUAUUGCAAAUUCUAAUAAAUGUUCAUUACUUUUUAAAAAAUAAUUUGAUGUACUUCCAAAAUGCCUGUAUUAUGACUACAAAUCGGGGUAGUUUGAACAUUAAUUACUCUGUAACCAAAGAGGUGAUGUUUUACAUGUAUGGUAGAGUGCUGCAUGAGAGUAUAUGAAUGUACACUUGUCCUGCCAGACCUAUUGCUAGACCCCCAUUCUCGUUCAGCAAGUGUAUAUUUAAGAACAGUGGUAGACAGGUUUAAGUUUUUUUUUGUAUUGUUUUUGUGCAGUCUGAAGUUCUACAAAAAUGUUUCUUAAAGAAAUCCAUACUAUUUAAAAUGUAUUCUGGCCACGAAUGUUGCGUUUUUAUCCAAAUACAUUUGUCAAGGUUGAUUAAAGUCAGUCAUGAGGCCUGUUCUUCUGUAUCUCAGGUCUAUCAAUGUGAAAAUGCACUAAAGCACAAUGUUAUGUUAGUAAUAUUUUACAAAAUCAAAUGUUUGGCACAUAAAGCUAUAAAAGCGAUUCUUUCAAAUGCACCAAUUAUCCUUUUAUUAAACCAUCCUUUUACAAUACACAAAUUGAUUUUUGUCUUUAAUAUGAUAGUGGUUUCUGUUGGAGUUAUCAUACUGGUUAUUUUUUUUUACAGAACAGAAUGGUGCCUUGUGUUCUCUUAGGGUUUGAGCCUUAUAGAAUGUGCUGUCUAUUUGAACUUUAGUUUUUGAUUAAACGUUUUUGCUUGUAGGUUUCGGAAAAAUAAAAUUUACGACUUUAAAAUGUC